AUGUCUGAGUCUGGGCACAGUCAGCCUGGACUCUACGGAAUAGAGCGGCGACGACGGUGGAAGGAGCCUGGCCCUGGUGGCCCCCAGAAUCUCUCUGGGCCUGGUGGUCGGGAGAGGGAUUACAUUGCACCAUGGGAAAGAGAGAGACGGGAUGGCAGCGAAGAGACAAGCACGUCUGUCAUGCAGAAAACCCCCAUCAUCCUCUCAAAACCUCCAGCAGAGCGGUCAAAGCAGCCACCACCUACAACGGCCCCUGCUGCUCCGCCUGCUCCAGCUCCUCUGGAGAAGCCCAUCGUCCUCAUGAAGCCACGGGAGGAGGGGAAGGGGCCUGUGGCCGGGACAGGUGCCUCUACCCCUGAGGGCACCGCCCCACCACCUCCUGCAGCCCCUGCACCACCCAAGGGGGAGAAGGAGGGGCAGAGACCCACGCAGCCUGUGUACCAGAUCCAGAACCGGGGCAUGGGCACUGCCGCACCAGCAGCCAUGGAUCCUGUUGUGGGCCAGGCCAAACUGCUGCCCCCAGAGCGCAUGAAGCACAGCAUCAAGUUGGUGGAUGACCAGAUGAAUUGGUGCGACAGUGCCAUCGAGUACCUGUUGGAUCAGACUGAUGUGUUGGUGGUUGGUGUCCUGGGCCUCCAGGGGACAGGCAAGUCCAUGGUCAUGUCGUUGUUGUCAGCCAACACUCCAGAGGAGGACCAAAGGGCGUAUGUUUUCCGGGCACAGAGUGCUGAAAUGAAGGAACGAGGAGGCAACCAGACCAGUGGCAUUGACUUCUUUAUUACCCAAGAGCGGAUUGUUUUCCUGGACACACAGCCCAUCCUGAGCCCCUCCAUCUUGGACCAUCUCAUCAACAAUGACCGCAAACUGCCUCCGGAGUACAACCUUCCACACACUUACGUUGAGAUGCAGUCUCUCCAGAUCGCUGCCUUCCUCUUCACAGUCUGCCACGUGGUGAUUGUCGUCCAGGACUGGUUCACGGACCUGAGUCUGUAUAGGUUCCUCCAGACAGCAGAGAUGGUGAAGCCCUCCACCCCGUCCCCUAGCCACGAGUCCAGCAGCUCAUCAGGCUCCGAUGAAGGCACCGAGUACUAUCCCCACCUGGUCUUCCUACAGAACAAAGCUCGCCGAGAGGACUUCUGUCCUCGGAAGCUGCGGCAGAUGCACCUGAUGAUCGACCAGCUCAUGGCCCACUCCCACUUGCGUUACAAGGGUACAUUGUCCAUGUUACAGUGCAAUGUCUUCCCGGGGCUCCCGCCUGACUUCCUGGACUCUGAGGUCAACUUGUUCCUGGUGCCCUUCAUGGACAGUGAAGCAGAGAGUGAAAACCCACCAAGAGCAGGACCUGGUUCCAGCCCACUUUUCUCCCUGCUGCCCGGGUAUCGCGGCCACCCCAGUUUCCAGUCAUUGGUGAGCAAGCUCCGGAGUCAAGUGAUGUCCAUGGCCCGGCCACAGCUGUCACACACAAUCCUCACUGAGAAGAACUGGUUCCACUAUGCUGCCCGGAUCUGGGACGGGGUAAAAAAGUCCUCUGCCCUGGCAGAGUACAGCCGCCUGCUGGCCUGAGGCCGAAGGGAGGAAUGUCAUGCAGGGAACCUCCUGAGUCUCCAGUGGACGGCGAGGGAGCACACAUGUCCUUCCCCCAGUGGGGAGGAGAGUGGCGGCAGGCCUCAUAGAUGAGGGAUCAUGACCCCCGCCCAGGGACAUGAGGUGUCCAGGGCCAGGUCCCAGCCCUCAAUUGGGGGCUGUUCAGGGGGUGACUUUAAGAGAUCCCAUCCCCAACCUGAGACAGGGCAGCCCAUCCAAAGUCCCCCACAGGGGCAGGCAGUGGGAGGAGUCUGAAUGGUCACCAGGAAUCCCAAAAUCCAUCUCAAUCUUCAGGGACAGAAGAAACAGGUCCCUCUUCCCUGACUCUAAGCCCUUCCCUAGAAGGUGAGGCAGAGUCUUGAGAGCUCUUUAUUGGAACAGAUGUGGUGAUUCAAAUAAACACAGUCAUACAAACCUG